CAACAUCUGUCUGGCAGUUUAAAUUCUGUUUGAGUAUAGGAUACUUUUUUGAUUGUUACAUGACCCGCACGUUCAGAAGUCAGGUCUGAUGUUGCGUAGUCUAAAAUCUGCCAGAGACACUAAAGAAACUUUUGAGUCAAGAAUGAACAUUACCAAAUUCGUCGUGUCUCACAGGGAAAAUGCGCUACUUAUUGGCGAUUACAAGACUUACCAGCAUCAAUUGACCAAGCAGCUCGCCUCCUUGCGUAAGAAGCUAGGAAGAGCCACCCCAAAGAAUGGAAAGUACACGAAAAAGCCUGCUGUGACUGCAGAGGACAUUGGCCGCAACCAUGAAUUUGUGUACCUUCUUCUCCUUUCAGCCGAGCGAGCAUAUGCACACGCAAUGUCAAUGAAGAGUGGGGGAACGGAAGAUGGCACGGGACUCUCUUCUGCGACUCGUCUGCACAUUGCAAGUCGGAUUAACAAAGCCGCAAAUCAUGCCCGCCAGCUUGCGGCUCUUCUAUCCAUUCAGGAGCUCUCCACGGCCACAGAGACUGAUAUCCUAGAGGCCAAAGCGUAUGCAUACGCUUUUGCCGGAGCAAAAGACCUAGAGAAACAUGGUGCGGACAGCAGAUCAAGCGACAUUGAGGUGCAACGGGAAAAGUGGGCAUCGUGCUUGGAAAGUUUCUCAGCGUCGAGGGUCAUAUAUGUUGCUUUGUUUAAAUCAACCAAAGAAGAUGUUCUUAAGGAGUACGUGGCAUCAACUAUUGACCCAAGCAUCCGGUUUGCUGCGUACCAGUCUCAUAUUCCUCGAACUGUAACUCCAGUCACUGUUUCUCGUAAAUACUUCCCAAAGGACGAGAAGGAACUCAUGCAGAUAUUGCAGAAACUUGAUCCAACUGCAUUUAGUGAUCAAAAAGCGGCAGAAAUUGAUGGCGGUGCUGAAGUCCCAAACAGAAUUAAGUGGCGCUCAAGAACAGCAAAUAUAGUGGACACAUCCAUCGGCCAAGCACUCGCUGCUGUCAAAAUAGAAACAGGUCGCCUACAAGCAAUACUCAGAAGCGAUGAUGUCAAGGAUAAAUACACAAUAUAUGAUCCAGUUUUGAUCGCAGCUCAGGAUGCAGUGGAUGCGACCCGCCAUGCGAUCGACGACCAUGAGAAAGAGAGAGUUUCGGAAUCGGAUCCAAGAAUGCAGGAAUUGCGGAUCAUAAAUUUGGCAGUAAAUUAUGAGCUUAUCGGCUGGAGAGUAGGUCGAAACCGGGAAUUGAUUGGGUCCGACGAUGGCAUGAAGUUGAGCAACACACCAAUAAAGAGGCAAAAUAGGCUAAGAAAGGAUGGCAAAAUAUGGGCUGAGAAAUCUGAGGGAAAAGGACGUAAGCUUGUCCGACUAAGAGAACGAAUUGUGCUUUACAACGCAAUUUUGCAAAGCCUCGACAGUGUGAAGGAUGUUCCCGGUGCGAUGGGGGAUCCUGCUUUUGUCGGGGAAUUGGAGGGUAAAAAAGCUUAUUUUCAAGCUCUUAAGUGUCUUAACUUGUCUUUCUCGCAUACCCUGGUUUCACCACCGGCACACAAGCAUGCACUUGCUCUCAUAAUUCGCGCUGAGCAAUUCUCAUCUCAAGCCAAGGAGUCUCUACUGGGGCUUGCACCUUCGGAUGAAGCAUCCCCACUUCGACUCGAAAUUUCUAAAUCUCGUCUUACCAAAUUACAUAACCUCAUCAAGUCUUACCAUCUCCAAACACGUGCCCUAGUAGAAUUGCAGGAUCACCUCAACAAUUCGCCAAUGGCUGCCCGCAAUAUAGUGGUCUCUGCAGAACCGCGAAUGGAGUCUCCGGAUGACUACACCGGAAAGGGUGAUGUCGGUUUAGUUAAGCUGGUGGAAUGGCCGCCAAAAUUGAAGCCGAUUCCUCUUAAACCGCUUUUCUUUGACACGGCGUGGAAUUACGUAGAAUAUCCUGGAAAAGCACCUGCGGCUACUGCGAUUACGAAGGAAGACAUUGAUGAGGCCAAGAAAGAAGAGAAACCUUCUUCAAAGGGUUGGUUUGGUUUCGGCCGUCGUUGAAUCAUAUUAUUUGCUGCGAUUAUAUUAGUAUUCAAAUGUCAACAUGGAUUGGUUUCGGAGGACACUCAACGACUCACAUGCAAACGUAGACUUUUGAACGCUCUUGGUCUUAAUUGUAUUCAGCACUAAUUUUGUCUUGAAGGUCAGGAUUCGCAUGCAUGCAUGGAGUACCCCCGUGGCAGUGCUUUUAACUGCUGAUAGCAUAAGUAUCAGUGUAUGAUUUGCUAAGGAUUGUUCAGUGACAGUUGAAUCCUCCACCUAGGCCAGAUUUAGUUCGGUGGUUAUUUUUGGAUGAACAAAACAGAAUCAUUAUGUGAUUGCCGCUUAAGAAUUUGCAUUUUCAUUAGGAGACUUAAGCACACAUUUGGCUCGAAUGAUUUAAUUAUUGAUAUGGGUUUGUAAUGGCUAUAAUACUUGAAUGAGGGGCAUAUAUAAUUAAGAAGUGAAUAUUGACGACAUUGUUUCCGAAUAGUUUUUAGAAGCUUACG